UAGUUCUCGCGCUGCGGCUCUGCCCGCGUCCCAACGAGAUCCUUCGAGAUCUUCUCCGCCCCCGCUACCGGCGACUCUUCUGUGGCCGUUGAGCUGGAGCCGGCCUGAGAAGCGCCCUUGGUUGUGGUCUCCCAGCCAAGAACCUAGGCGCUCGCGUAGACGCUUCCCAUUAGCUCCAGUCCCUCGGCCCACGCGGCCCGCUCUCCACGCGCUAGCCCCGCCGGGGUCCGUGUCCUGUCUCGGCAGCCGGACCCGGGCCCGAGCCGUAGCCGGCGCCAUGUCGGUGGUGGGCAUAGACCUGGGCUUCCAGAGCUGCUACGUCGCUGUGGCACGCGCCGGCGGCAUCGAGACUAUCGCCAAUGAGUAUAGCGACCGCUGCACGCCGGCUUGCAUUUCUUUUGGUCCUAAGAAUCGUUCAAUUGGAGCAGCAGCUAAAAGCCAGGUCAUUUCCAAUGCAAAGAAUACAGUCCAAGGAUUUAAAAGAUUCCAUGGCAGAGCAUUCUCUGAUCCAUUUGUGGAGGCAGAAAAAUCCAGCCUUGCAUAUGAUACUGUGCAAUUACCCACUGGAUUAACAGGUAUAAAGGUGAUGUAUAUGGAGGAAGAGAGAAAUUUUACCACGGAGCAAGUGACUGCUAUGCUUUUGUCCAAACUGAAGGAGACAGCAGAAAGUGUUCUCAAGAAGCCUGUUGUUGACUGUGUUGUUUCGGUUCCUUGUUUCUAUACCGAUGCAGAAAGACGAUCAGUGAUGGAUGCUACACAGAUUGCAGGUCUCAAUUGCCUGCGAUUAAUGAAUGAAACUACUGCAGUUGCUCUUGCAUAUGGAAUCUAUAAGCAAGAUCUUCCUGCCUUAGAAGAGAAACCAAGAAAUGUAGUUUUUGUAGAUAUGGGCCAUUCUGCUUAUCAAGUUUCUGUAUGUGCAUUUAAUAGAGGAAAACUGAAGGUUCUGGCCACUGCGUUUGAUACAACACUGGGAGGCAGAAAAUUUGAUGAAGUUUUAGUAAAUCACUUCUGUGAAGAAUUUGGGAAGAAAUACAAGCUAGACAUAAAGUCCAAAAUUCGUGCAUUAUUACGACUCUCACAGGAGUGUGAGAAACUCAAGAAAUUGAUGAGUGCAAAUGCUUCAGAUCUCCCUCUGAGCAUUGAGUGUUUUAUGAAUGACAUUGAUGUAUCUGGAACUAUGAAUAGAGGCAAAUUUCUGGAAAUGUGUGAUGAUCUCUUAGCUAGAGUGGAGCCACCACUUCGUAGUGUUUUGGAACAAGCCAAGUUAAGGAAAGAAGAUAUUUAUGCAGUGGAGAUAGUUGGUGGUGCUACACGAAUUCCUGCAGUAAAAGAGAAGAUCAGCAAAUUUUUUGGUAAAGAACUUAGUACAACAUUAAAUGCUGAUGAAGCUGUCACUCGAGGCUGUGCAUUGCAGUGUGCAAUCUUAUCACCUGCUUUCAAAGUCAGAGAAUUUUCUAUCACUGAUGUACUACCAUAUCCAAUCUCUCUGAGAUGGAAUUCUCCAGCUGAAGAAGGGUCAAGUGACUGUGAAGUCUUUGCAAAAAAUCAUGCUGCUCCUUUCUCUAAAGUUCUCACAUUUUAUAGAAAGGAACCUUUCACUCUUGAGGCCUAUUACAGCUCUCCUCGAGAGUUGCCUUACCCAGAUGCUGCUAUAGCCCAGUUUUCAGUUCAGAAAGUCACUCCUCAGUCUGAUGGCUCCAGUUCAAAAGUGAAAGUCAAGGUUCGAGUAAAUGUCCAUGGCAUUUUCAGUGUGUCUAGUGCAUCCCUGGUGGAAGUACACAAGUCUGAGGAAAAUGAGGAACCUAUGGAAACAGACCAGAAUGCGAAGGAGGAAGAGAAGAUGCAAGUGGACCAGGAGGAAGCUCAUGUGGAAGAGCAACAGCAGCAGACGCCAGCAGAAAACAAGGCAGAGUCUGAAGAAAUGGAGACCUCCCAAGCUGGAUCAAAAGACAAAAAGAUGGACCAACCACCUCAAGCCAAGAAGGCAAAAGUGAAGACCAGUACUGUGGACCUGCCAAUUGAGAAUCAGCUAUUAUGGCAGAUAGACAGAGAGAUGCUCAACUUGUACAUUGAAAAUGAGGGUAAGAUGAUCAUGCAGGAUAAAUUGGAGAAGGAGCGAAAUGAUGCUAAGAAUGCAGUGGAAGAAUAUGUGUAUGAAAUGAGAGACAAGCUUAGUGGUGAAUAUGAGAAGUUUGUAAGCGAAGAUGAUCGUAACAGUUUUACUUUAAAACUAGAAGAUACUGAAAAUUGGUUGUAUGAAGAUGGAGAAGACCAGCCAAAGCAAGUUUAUGUUGAUAAAUUGGCUGAAUUAAAAAAUCUAGGUCAGCCUAUUAAGUUACGGUUCCAGGAAUCUGAAGAAAGACCAAGAUUAUUUGAUGAGCUAGGGAAACAGAUCCAACAAUAUAUGAAAGCAAUCAGUUCUUUCAAAAGCAAGGAGGACCAGUAUGACCAUUUGGAUGCUGCUGACAUGAUGAAGGUAGAAAAAAGCACGAAUGAAGCAAUGGAGUGGAUGAAUAACAAGCUGAAUCUGCAGAACAAGCAGAGUCUGACCAUGGAUCCCGUUGUCAAAUCAAAAGAGAUUGAAGCUAAAAUUAAGGAGCUGAUAAGUAUCUGUAGCCCCAUAAUUUCAAAGCCCAAACCCAAAGUGGAACCUCCAAAAGAGGAGCAAAAAAAUGCUGAGCAGAAUGGACCAGUGGAUGGACAAGGAGACAGCCCAGGCCCACAAGUGGCUGAGCAGGGUACAGACACAGCUGUGCCUUCAGAUUCAGACAAGAAGCUUCCUGAAAUGGACAUUGAUUGAUUCCAGCAGUUGUUUAUAUUAAAACAGACUAUUAUAAAGCU